CCGCCGAGGGGCCGCGCCGGGCGCUGGGGCGGGGUCUGCGGGCGCCGGCAGGGCGGGCGGCGGCGGGCGCCACGUCGGCAGCGGGGACGGCCGGAGGAGUAAAGUCUGAGCGCAGCCCGGGCGGGCCGAGCGAGCCGUGAGGUGUAUGCAGAAUACUUUUGUGGAAACAACUAACUAGAAAUAUUCACAACAUAUUCAAGAAAUAUAUUUGGCAAUAAUGAACCAAAUGGACAAAAAUCAACAGGAAGUCCCAUCAUACCUUCAUGAUGAACCACCAGAAGGGUCACUCAAAGGCCACCCGCAGCAGCAGGCUGGCAUGCUUUCUCGUGUGACUGGUGGCCUCUUCAGUGUCACAAAGGGAGCUGUCGGUGCCACGAUUGGGGGCGUUGCUUGGAUUGGAGGGAAGAGCUUGGAAAUUACCAAAACAGCAGUCACAUCUGUGCCUUCCAUGGGAGUGGGUCUAGUGAAAGGAAGUGUUUCUGCUGUAGCUGGAGGCGUUACAGCUGUAGGAUCUGCUGUUGCAAGUAAAGUGCCUUUAACAGGAAAGAAAAAGGACAAGUCCGACUAAAACCAAAACUGAGACAUACUCAAUUCUCCAGAAUAUUGCAUCAGUGGCAUUAAAAUCUGCGAAGAUUGGGACCAUGAGAAGCCAUGUGUCUUAGACACUUUAUCUUCUAACGAGUUGUGCAAGUAACUCGAUUUCAUCUGAAAAGGACAGAAGAAGCUUGGCUAGCACAGCGUAUGAGGAUUUAUUAGAGCCUAGAUUGAAGCUUUGUAUCUGGUGAAAUGUUACACUUGAUAACUAUAGAAGUGAGUGUAUCUGAAGGAAUAAUACGUAUUUGAAUAGUUAUUUACUUCUGCAGUUUUGGACUAAAAUGUGAAUGUAGAAACUCGGUAGUCUCUGUGAUGCCAUCGAUACAAUGAGAUGCCAAUUACUGUUCUCAGUGGUUUCCACAUCCUCCUGCUAAGGAUCCUUCAGCUGUGUAAAAGCACUGUUGGACAUACCCAGUCUUGGUUAUGUACAGGCAGCCUGUAAACUAUCCCUGACUGCAUUCUGCCAGUGAAGACUGGAGCAGAGACUGGAGGUGUGCAGGAAUUGGAAAUAAGAAUGGGAGAUAGAAGUGUAAAAGUUUAACAACAUGGUAGAAAGUCUCAGAAAGAGUGAACUAUCUUAACGCCUUACUGGAAUAAAAUACCUUUUUACUAGGUGAAGCUGUGUAAAGAACUGUCCUGUCGUUUCAGUACAGUUUACAGAAUGAGCCUUAGGCUCUUUAUAAAUCCUUAUAUCUGAAACUUUGUCAGUUUUUACUGAAAAUGUGAUUGCUUCAUCUCAGGUGUAUUUAAUAAUAUGCAUCUAUCUCCUACAAGUGAGACCUUGCUUCUAAUGAACUUCUUAUAGACGCUAGAAAAAAUGACAGCCUGUGGAAACUGGGCUGAUGUUUGUGGUCAUCUAGCACAGCUGUCUAACUGGCUAGGAAUUCUUGUGUAGCUGGAAACCACUGAAGAACUAGCAAAGCUGUUCUCUCAACUCCGUGACACACCAGGUUAGCUUUUUGCUCUGUUUAGGCAAAUGCAAGGAAAUUUUCACUACGUUUCUUGUACUUUCCACUUUGAUUUUUGAGUAAAAUGCAAUACUCGUAUUUAAAACAAACCAAAAACUGUAGAUGAGGCCUUAAAAAAAUGAAACACGAUUCAAGUAAUUUGUAUACUGACAGAUUCCAAAUGUUGACACCUCAAACGGGAAUACCUGUACAUCCUCUGCAGCAUGUGAGGCAAAAUGCACUUGUAAUGGCACAACGCGAGGUUGCCUUAAAAUAGAAACCAUUUGUGAUCUUUUAUUUGUGUACUGUUUUUGCAGGUAUGUCACCUCUUUAGAAGCCCAUGGAAGGCGUCUGUUCAUGUUGUGUAUGCAGUAUUUUCUAAAAACUUGUGUUUCUAUGGAGAACUUGUACGCUUACUUUUUUCAGUGGCUGUGGUUGUACUAGAAGGUUAUAUGAGGGGGACUUCUUAAAAAUGAAAAAAACCUGAAACAUAUCACUUGUCAAACUUAAUCCUCUGUUCAUGGGUGUUGAAAGUACACCAUGUCUCAAUUAUGGUACUGUAGUCACCCAAUCUCCUGAGCCAUUGGUACUUCAACAGCAAAAACCCAGGAAAUGGUGUCUGCUCCUUCUGUUAGGUGCACCGGCUGCUUGGUUCUGAUCUGCUGCAAGGGUGUAAUGAGGUAAGUUGAUGCAAUAAAUAGAAGACUUUUAACUAUUUUUUUUAUAGUCAAAAGCAAAUUGCAUAGAAUAUAGUAUUGUUAGAGGUACCAGUUAGCUCUAGAUGUGAGCUAGCCUGCAUAUCAGAGGCAAUUUUGCUGCAGCAUAUAAUAUAGUAUGGUCUGCUCCCAUGCAAUUUCCAAUAUAGCAAUAUUCCCCAAGUGCUGCCACUGAACUCUUUUAAAAAGAGUCACCUGUUUGGAGCACAGUGAUAAUUUGUGACAGUCAGCCAAACUAUUCCUAUUAGUUUUUCUGUAAAUGCUGAACUGGUCAUAGUCAUGUUUUUUACUAAAUUAUUUUAUUUUAAACUUUGAAACUUGGAGCAAAACAAGUGUGGUCUGAGAUUAGCAAUGUUAGGUAUGUAAAGAGUUGCCAACACUUCAUUAUGUUUUGUUCUUAACAUAUCCUGUAGCUGUUGAGUCUUGUAACUGAACAUGGCAUAUGGUUUUAGUUUUCAAAGAGCUUAGCUUUGUCCUAUAUCCUGUGUAUUUUCCAUUCACUUAUGAAACUUGCUUCAUCUUAAAAACUUGCUCCAGUUCUGUCCUGCCACCUGUGAAACAUUAAAUUGUUGCUGUUUCAGA